AUGGAAUUUAACAAAGGACGCAGGCUUGAUGCAAACAUCGCUUUCAUAGGAUGGCAGGUCCUUACAGAUAACGUCUGGAGGCCAUUGCCUGUUGUAUUUUCUUAUGGUAGGCAUACACUCUCUCAUGACCUUUUUGCAAACCGAUCUGCACGGACGAAUUGGCCUGGACUUAAACUCUGGUGCACAGAUGGCAGUAACAGACCAACAGUUUUUAGGGAACAACAAUUCUCAAAAAUCAUUGUAAAAUGUGCUUCAAAAAAUACUGGAGGGGCGUACAGAUGGAGAACUUUGCAUGUCUGGAAAUUAUUGGAACAGAGACCAAAUUCUUAUUUCAGUUGCUGGUGUCUUCUUAAGUAUACUGGAGUCUUAGCUGUUGGAGCUUUAGUUGUCAGAUCAAAGGUUUCUAAUGCCUACUGUGGGCUGAAGUUGAGUCACAAGUCAUCAUCACACCUUUUGCAGAGCAAAGACAAAGAUGGGGAGAGGUUGCAGCCAAAAUUUGAUUUCAGGGAAUUUUGGAAAUUCUUGUGGCCUGAUAUUUGGCUUUUACUAUUAGCAAGUGUGAGUGCUUUUGCAGUUGCCAUGGUGAACAUUGAAUUGCCGCUGUUGCUUGGGAACCUUGUGAAUGCAGUUUCCAGUCUAACUAGUGGUAAUCAUGACACAGACAUAAUUCAAGUAUUAAAAGAACCUGCUAUGAAAUUGAUUUCACUUUAUGGGGCUCAGUCAUUCCUCACAUUUGCUUAUAUCUCAUUCCUUUCCUGUUUGGGAGAGAGACUUGCAGAGCGAAUGCGCAAUGCUUUGUUUGCGUCAUUGAUACGACAAGACAUUGCUUUCUUUGAUGAUCAUAAAACAGGAGAGUUAGUCAACAGGUUGACUACGGACAUUCAAGAUUUCAAGAGUGCCUUUAAGCAGAUAAUUUCCCAAGGUCUGCGCAGCACUACUCAAACUGUGGGCUGUGUGGUAUCGCUUUAUGUGAUUUCACCUAAACUGACAGGCAUGAUGAUGGUCAUCUUACCAGUUGUUAUCAUUGGUGGUACUUUAUUUGGCUCGCUGUUAAGAAGGCUCUCCAGGGCUGCUCAAGCACAGGUUGCAAAGGCAACUGCAGUUGCUGAUGAGGCUCUUGGAAAUGUGCGAACUGUGAGGGCAUUUGCUAUGGAAGAGAAGGAAAUUAACUUGUAUCAAGAUGAAGUCUCUAAAUCCAAGACACUGAAUGAGAUGUUAGGUGUUGGAGUCGGUUUGUUCCAAGGUUUAUCAAACCUGGCUAUUAAUGGCUUGGCACUGGUAGUGUUGUAUUAUGGUGGAUCACUUCUCGCUUCCAAAGAAAUGGAACCUGGAGACUUGAUGAGCUUCCUGGUGGCUACACAAACCAUUCAAAGGUCUUUAGGACACAUCUCUCUCCUGUUUGGCCAAAUUGUGCGUGGCAUGAGCUCAGGAGCGAGGGUCUUUGAAUACCUAGCAAUCAAACCUGCUAUACCAGUAACAGGUGGUAAACAAAUCCCACUUAAGAACAUACGUGGAGAAGUUAGCUUUAAGGAUGUCACUUUUGUGUACCCUACACGACCCACACAAACUGUUCUUAAAGACUUCUCCCUGUCGGUGCCAGCUCGUAAAAUGGUAGCUUUGUGUGGAAGUAGUGGAGCUGGAAAGUCAACAGUAGCGGCCCUGUUAGAACGUUUUUAUGAUGUGAAGAGUGGAAGUAUUGCUCUUGAUGGUCAUGAAAUAACUUCCUUAGAUCCAACAUGGCUGAGGGGACACGUGAUUGGUUUUAUUCAUCAGGAGCCUGUGCUGUUUGCAACAUCUGUUUUAGAGAAUAUACGUUAUGGCCGGCCAGAAGCGACAGAUAAUGAGGUGCUAGCAGCAGCUCAGCAAGCAAAUGCUGAUGGCUUCAUCAGAGGUUUCCCUGAGGGUUACCAAACUGUCCUGGGAGAGAGAGGUGUGACUGUGUCAGGAGGACAAAAGCAAAGGAUUGCAAUUGCCAGGGCACUUCUAAAGAACCCAGCUAUUCUCAUCCUGGAUGAAGCAACAAGUGCCUUAGAUGCAGAGUCUGAACGUGUUGUACAAGAAGCUUUGGACAGAGUUACCAAAGGCCGCACUGUCAUAGUCAUUGCUCAUAGGCUCAGUACCAUACAAAAUGCUGAUUUGAUUGUGGUUCUUUCUCAUGGUAACAUUCGUGAGGUGGGAACACAUAAAGAAUUGAUGGCUAGAGAUGGACUUUAUGCAGACCUUGUACGACAGCAAAUUCAAGAACAGGAUUAACUUAACUAGCAUGUGCCCCAAUAUACACUGAAUUACAAGAGCUGAAACCAAAAGAUGCCAUUUUUCUUGGAGCAGUGUUAGUUUUACCCCAGUGCCUAAUAUUGUGGCUUAGAUCCAUUUGAUGAGUUCACCUUGAGGUUCCUUUAAGCCAGUAGAUUCCAUUUGAAGGAGUAUUGUGAAAUGUUUGUGGUAUUUUACAUUUCUUUAAGGGGGUAAGCUUUUAAAGAAAUUGUGGUGCUGCAUCAGUGGGGGUAUUACAAGAUAAUUUGAUUUCCUCCACUGAGUUAAUAAAUAUAUGUAAAUUGCCCACUGAAAAGAGUUCUUAAAGCUGACAUUCUGAGCACAAGCCCUUCAUCAAAGCAAAUAUAUAAUUGUUUGAAAUCAAAUAAUCCAUCUGGUGGUUCAGCUUCCCAGAUACAUAAGUGCAAAAUUAAAACAACAGAUAUGACUUAGGAAUUCCACCAUUCCAUUUUAGGUGAUAUUGUACAUGGGAUAUUUUGUUUGGGUGAAGAAUGUAAUUCACAAUAAGUGCCUGGGAAAAGAGGCUCACCCCAUAUUAAAUAGGCUGUGAUAUUCAGUGUAUUAAAUUUCCCAGGUUUUGGUUUUACUAUUGAUGUCUAGGAUCAAACUCUCCUAUAAUUAAAUAGGAGAGUUUGAACCUAGACAUCAAUACUUAAAAGUGUCCAGGGAUCUCUUUAAGGGUACUGUUGUAGUGAGAAUGGUCUGAAAGGAAAUCACAGAGGCAACAGUUAGAGCUUGCAACUUUUCUACUGACUAAAAGUGCCUCUUGAUACACCUUUUCAGGAACAGAAUUUUGCAAAAAUGUCACUUCCUUUUGGUACAUGUGAUUCCUGACCAGUUUAUUGUUUCUCAUGACUUUUAAUUACUGUAGCAGCCUUCUGGACAUUGAUUGGAUAAUCAUUCUGUUUAUUCUAGUGAAUAGUGAAACAUGUAACUUCUUACUCUAUAAUCAUGACCACAAGUUAUGGUAGGAGAUAACAGGUAGACUUGAAAUUUAGAGUCACAACUUAAAAAGAAGCACUGUUUCAUAAAGGCCUUGGAUGUCUCCCUUCUCCAAACAAAAUUCAGCAUGGCACAGUUUACAAAACCAGUAAAUAAAAUCAAUGAAGUUUUUAUAAUGACAAGCAAAACAUAUUAUUAUGACCUUGGCUUGAAUUGUUUGAGUUAUUAUAUUAAAAGUAAAAUUAUCCUCAUACAGUCAUAAAUUAAAAAGUGAUAUGAAUGAGAUUAGUAUUCAGCAAAAGUGAACAAUGGGCACGUACAUGUGCAAUUGUUGCAUCAAUGUUAUAAAUGGUUCGUAAUAAUCUUUUUUUUAAGUUUCAGUGCGAAUCAAUAAUAACAGAUUUCAUCCCAGUAGUACAUGAACAUGAACUCUAGUCUAGUUGCAUACACAAAAACCAUAACCUGAAACUCCUUUCUGUGUUACCUAAACACACUUCAUAAUCAAUAGUAAAUUUACACCCUGCUUUUAACCACAAAGGCAGCAAAUCUGCUCUCUAAAAUGAGUGUGAAAAUUAAAAAAAAUUGAUUUAAAUGCACACUAAUGUAGUUUUGAUUAAAUGUUCACACAUCAGCUACAUGUAGCUGAGUGUCAUAGUUAUGUGUGAAAAUUAUAGAGAAAGACACAGACAAGUUUUGAAAUCUUUCCUAGAAUGAAGGGCUCUAAACUGAGAGCAUGAUCAAGGAAAUGAGCUUUCCCUUCAUCAUGAUGGUACUUUGUUGCCAUGAGCUUUAGAAAUUUAGACCCUUAAGAGUGGCUUGCAUCUUCUGUUUUUUU